AAGUUUCUGGAAAAGCUGAGAGCUGAGGGUAAACUUCCUCUGGAGCUGCCACGUCUGAGGCUCACUUCCUCACUUCAGGAGCUCUAAGCUAACCGGACAGCAGCGGAGGAGGAGAGGGAGAAACGUGAACACAUUUACGCUGCCAUGCUGCCCAGGCUGUCUCUCUGUAUCCUCAUUUCUCUGCCAGCUCUCCUGGUGCUGGCCAGCGCUGCAGAUCCAUCCAAGAAGAGCCCCAGUGCCAGCCCUCCAUCACGCCCCCCUGCCCCUCUGGGUGACCCAAGCUGGGCCCUGGGUCUGCGCCUGUACCAGGCCCUCCGCUCCGACUCCAGCCCAGUGAACACCCUCUUCUCGCCUCUGCUUGUAGCAUCCUCGCUAGGCGCGCUUGGUGAAGGGUCAGGAGGCACCACGGCCAGCCAGCUCAAAAGCCUGCUGGAGACCCCAUCCAGUGACAAGACUGGAGCCAACACUGGUGAGGUCCUGUCUGGAGCGCUGAAGAGCCUCUCUGAGUCUAAUGGGACCAGUUUCCUCCUGCACAUGUCCCUAGCACUGUUCUCUAAGCAAGCUCCUGAACUUAGCCAGAAGUUUGUGAAGGACAGCCAGGCUGUGUACAGAUUACAGCACCAGACGCUGGGAACGGGAGACUCCAAGGCUGACCUGAAGCAGCUCCACAGCUGGGCUAAGACUGGACUAGGAGGACUGGAAGGAGCCUCUUUGGCUGCAGAAACUGGGGCCAAGGCUGGAGCACUAAUACUGGCCAAUGCACUUCACUUUAAAGGGCUGUGGGAGAGAGAGUUCAGCGAGGAGAGCACGGAUCUUCGUACUUUCCUGGGGAAGAAAUACACCAGAGUGAUGAUGAUGCACAGAGCAGGUCUGUACCGUCACUAUGAAGACAUGAACAACAUGGUGCAGGUCCUGGAGGUGCCUCUAUGGGGAGGAAAGGCCAGCGCUGUGUUCCUGCUGCCUUUUCUAGUUGAGAGUCUGGCCAGGCUGGACAAGCUUCUGACCCUGGAGCUGCUGUCCAAGUGGCUGGAGAAGACCAACAAGACCAGUGUGAUCAUCUCAAUGCCCAAAGCAAACAUCACCAGCACUCUCAGUCUUCAGAAGCAGCUGUCUGCUUUGGGCCUGACUGACGCCUGGGACCAGAAGUUGGCGGAUUUCUCCGGGGUUUCUGAAGAGAGCAAGGGGAAGCUCUACUUGGGCGAUGUCUUGCAGUGGGCUUCCCUAGAGCUGGCUGCUCAGGCCGGGAAAGGAGACACAGAACUUGAAGAGGAACACGUAGAAAAGCCCAAGCCGUUUUACGCGGAUCACCCCUUCGUUAUCUUUGUGAGGGACAAUGCCACUGGAGCCCUGCUGCUGAUGGGGGCUCUGGAUCACGCAGAGGGAGAGGCCCUCCAUGAUGAACUAUAACACCCUCUGACUUUUGUUCCUACUCUACCGCUCAAAGACUACACGCUGGUUCCUAAGUCGAGACAUUGUCAUUCACUGUGGCAGCCUAUCACAUCAGACUACGGCUGGCUGUCACACACUGACACCGCAUCCUCUCACGUUGACUGACACUGACGCUGCCACAGCCGACACUUACACAGUCACACGCAUCCCAACAACUACACAGCUAACUUAAAUGAAAUACUGUACCAGACAUUACUGGAGCUGACAGACAGAAAAAAAACACCCCUAAGUUGGCGAGACUGUGCCUUUUCUCUUUAGCACACAUGUGCACCCACACAGUCAAGGUCUCAGUGAUCAAGUCAACACAAAGCAGGCUGGCAAACAAGAGAGCACUGCCGAAAGCUAACAUGCUGACAGGCAGAAGUGGUUACACUGACACAACACUUAACAGAAGCAUCAACAAAGAAUUUGAAGCAGAGAGGUUCGCUGUGACACCUGAAUCCUGCCUGUCAGGCAAAGAGCAGGGCACACUAACGUGUGUGCGUGCGAGCAGGGUGACCCGGCAGAUCAAGGGUGCCCCGGCAGCUCCUCUCAGAACUGGCAGGGACCUAUGGCAGGGUCCCCUGGGCUCCAUCUCAGGAAGACUGAUGGAUCAGCCAAGUGCUUAUUGAUGAGCAAGCUCAAUGCUAAUGGCUGUAAUGAGUCACAAGGCUUGUCAACAACAAGGAGAGGACAGGAAACCUUUUAAUCUCUUAAUACCGUCAGGGAUCGAUGUAACGUUACCCCGCUGGAUGCAGACAUGUUUGACACAGCUCGACUUAAAUGUAUCAUCUUAGUAUUUAGAAUGAUUACAGCUUUUAAGGAGAUAUUGAUUUCCAUUUGUAUAUUUUGUUUCUUAAAGCAGCAGAGAUGUCUCACCUAGAGAUACACAUUUAAAUGCAUACUUGGUAAGAUUCACUGGAGCUGCAGUGACAUGUUUCACCUGAUAUCUGUGUUACUGGCAGCCCUGUCGCUGGUAAAGAAGGGAGGCUAUUUUUAUACUUUGUUUUUGUCCCACCGCCCUGAAUCAGUUUGGCUGACAUUGAGCCUCAAGGUUGUGUGAAAGCAUAUUUAGAGACUAAAAGUUGGAUCAUCAGUUGUAACAUUUUCAAGGACAUGCAAUUCUUCAAGUGAACAUUCUGGACUGACUGUGCAGAUUAGCAAAUUAUUUUAGACCUGUAUUUGACUCAGAACAUGACUCAACG